AUGGCCGUGGUCUUAGAGGCCCAUGGCAGCUUCGCGAUGUGGGGAGGCCUGUUCUCCCUGAUCGACUGCAGGCUGGUGAAGGUGCGCGGGAAGGAGGACCCCUGGAACUCCAUCACCAGCGGAGCCAUGACCGGCGCCAUCCUCGCUGCCAGAAAUGGGCCCAUUGCCAUGGUGGGCUCGGCGGCGAUGGGCGGAAUCCUGCUGGCGCUGAUCGAGGGUGCAGGCAUCCUGCUCACCAGAUUCGCCUCCUCACAGUUCCCCACCGGGGCCCAGUUUGCAGAGGAGCCCGCCCCGAUGCCGGCCCCCCCCUUCGGAGAAUACAGGCAGUAUCAGUGAGGGAGGGGCCGCCCUCACCCACCCCUAGGCUUUUUAAAAUACCUCCACAGAUCUGACUCGAAAGAAAAUUCUGGAACUUCUUCAGAAGGAACUCUGCAGUGCAUCCCAACUUCAAGGAUUUCAUUUUUUUACUGAUUGUUUUUUUUUUUUUUCUGAACCAUCAUUGCCAUCUGCCUGUUAAAAAGCCUCACCUGUUGCAUGUUCCCCACGAUCAGUGUGUGAAUGUUGGUGGUCAGCACCGGAAUGGAAAUGUCGUCAGGGCCCAUGCAGUUGGGUGGCAUAGAGGGGGUUAUAUUGGGAUUUAGGAGACAA